AUGCCCAACGGGUUCAGUGAAAAUCGUAGGACGAUCAACGUCGAGGCUGGGCAGCUUCCGCCACCCGCAACCAAGCUCAUCAUCACUCAGGUACUCAAGGCCAGUCAGGAUCCCCCAUUCUGGGCGUGGAUCAUCGUGGGGGCGUUUUACGACAGCGAAAACCGCAUUCUCUGGAGCACAGAGCUGUUUGCCGCGCACCUUGAUAUUCAGUUUGAGUCGGACGAGGAGCAACUCUCCGAGGCGGAGGCAGAGGAAGAAGAAGAAGAAGAAGAAGAAGAGCCUGGCACCCUGCCUUGUCUGGCCCUGUACCCGGACACUGGCACGCAUCCUUCGAUCCUUCGCCAGUCCUCUCGUUGCAUUUCCUCUCACACACCCUCGCCAACCAUGUCUGGCGGAUGGAACCCGCUGACCGGCCGUGACUCCGGCUCCGGCCGGCCGGCCUUUGCUCCGUACGGAGCCCCUCAAGUGGCCCAGGGCCAAGCAUACAUUCCUCAUGCUGGCGGACCUGGCUACGCCUAUGGUACAGUGCCUCAGCCCAGCGCGUGGCCUAGCAUGACUUACGGAUACUAUCCUCUAGGAGGCGCUCCGGGCGUUCCUCAAUAUGCCGUACCCGGCUACCCCCCCUUUCAGCAGGCACCUGCUGCGGGCUUCUACACGCAGCAGAGCUUCUCCUACCAGCCCAACGGCACGGGCAACAUGCUCCCCCGCCAUCCCCAGCCGUACCCCAACAUCGAUUCCACCAUGCCGGCCGCCCAGAUGACCAACACGACGGGCGGCACGGGCUGCGAGCCGGGCUACAACUACUUCUUCCCCGCGGAGCACACAAAGGCGCACAUCUUCAAGACGAACACGCCGCCGUGGCAGCUCCCGCCGACGGCCCAGAUCCCCUUCAAGGCGGCGCACAUCCCGUGCAACACGACCAUGGCGGAGCUGCUCAAGGGCUUCGGGUGCACCAACGCGACGCCCAAGAAGAACCGGUGCUUCGAGGUCGUCAGCGGCGGAGGAGGCAAGUGGUACAAGGGGCUCGAGGUCAACGGCGCGGACAAGGACAUGCUCAAGAAGACGAUCAAGGACGUGGGCUGGGAUGCUACGAGGACGGGCAAUCCCAAUGAAAAGCCCGUGGUGUGUUUGUGGUUUUGCAGGGACUGA